ACAGGGGAUGUAGAUCAGUAGAUGGGCCACUAGGAAGGAAGGAAGGAAGGAAAGAAGAAGUCGUGAAACUCUCUCCAAACAAUCCCCAUCUCUCUCUCUCUCUCUCUGCAUCCAAACUCCAAACCCUUCAAACGUGGCCUUUUAAAUGCCUCUUUCCUGAAACUAAGCCACCCACAACAGACAGACCAGACCCCCACACCCACGUACAUAUAGAUCCUUCAAUAUUUCUCGCCGGAAAACAGCUCUUCCUCGGCGUACUCUCUCUACCUCCCUCUCUCUCUUUCUCUAUAUAUAUAUGUGCCAACACACCAUGGUGCAGGAAGGGAAGAUGAAUAGCAACGGGCGGGAAGGAAAAGCCAGAAGGGUGGCUGUGGUCACAUCACCCUUGAAACUGGAAGGGGACUCAUCGGACGGUGAUGAUUACAGAGUUCCCAAUCUUCUCCACCGAGUCCUCAGCCUCUUGAAGAAUGUGCACCCUGGAACCGACCUCAUCAGAUUCCAGGUGCCGCCCGUCUUCAACAUCCCCAAGUCAAUGCUCCAGUGCUACGGCGAGCCGGUUUACUGCGUCGGCAAAGACCUGCUGGGCGCGUGCGCCAACGGCCAGAGCUCCGUCGACCGGUUUCUAUCGGUGGUGGCCUGGAACAUCUCCACCCUUCGCCCUCUGAUGUUCGGCGUCGCCCCUUACAAUCCCGUUCUCGGAGAGACCCAUCACGUCUCCAGGGGCACUCUCAAUGUCCUCCUCGAGCAGGUUUCUCAUCACCCACCAGUCUCUGCACUUCACGCCACCGACGAGCAGAAUGGCAUCGAGAUGAUCUGGUGCCAUCAUCUUGCCCCAAAAUACAAUGGAACUUCAGUGGAAACCAGAGUUCACGGAGAAAGGCAGCUGAAACUACUGAACAAGGGUGAAAUUUACGAGAUUGGGCACCCGAACCUUGUGAUAAGAUUCCUUCCGGUGCCUGGCGUUCACUGGGUCGGCAAUGUCACGAUUCGCUGCCGACAGACUGGGCUUGAAGCCAUGAUUUGUUUUGGGGGCUCUUCGUUUCUUGGCCUCAAACCUAGUAAUCGAUCCGUUAAAGGCACAGUAUUCAUCUCAUCGUCGAGGAAGCCUAUUUACGACAUCACUGGCCAUUGGGACAGAACUGUAACCGUUAAGGAUGCCGGGAACGGCAAAUCAACGGUCAUAUAUGAUGCCAGGGAUGUGCUUUCACGGCUCCGAACUCCAAUCGUAAAGGAUCCAGAGGGGGUGUCGGAACUCGAUUCGACGAUGGUGUGGGGCGAGGUGAGCGAGAACAUCCUGAGCAAAUGCUGGGAGAAAGCAAGGGAAGCAAAGACCGAAGUAGAGGAGAAAGAGAGGGAGCUGUUGAGAGCCAGAAAUGGCAGAGCAGAGAUAUGGCUGCCCAAACACUUCACCGUCUCUCACACACCCCAGACCGGAUGGCAAUGCUCGCCGGUUCAAAACCGGGUCCCCCCAGCCCCCAUUGUUGUUCCUCUUUGA